GAGAUGUUUCCAUUGACCCACUAAGGGCGUCUGGCACCCUUGGGGGACAUUUUGCUUGGCUUUGGUUCGUAUGCCUGUGAUUUCCUGGAUUCUUGGAGAGAAUCUUGAGGCGUUUAAAAAAAAAGCCUUCUCGUCGUUUCUUAUGAGGAUAAUGCGAUUUAAUUUCGAUCAAGCGUUUUAGGCGACACCUCUCACGCGACGGCACGUGACGGAAAGCAGAACCCAAGCCCGGGAGUCACGUAUGGGCGAGAAUGACGGCGGAAAUGCAUGGCACCAACGCCCGCAGACGCCAGCGACAUGGCACUGCCUUGGACCCCGCCAGCCCAUUGACACGCGGCGCCUGCCAGACUUAUAUCACUCCCCGGUGACCCCUCCUCGUCCUCUUCAUCUCGUCCUUGGUUAUGCCCCUCGUGCCUGUCCCUGGGCGCCGUCACGACCCGCGAGCAGCCGCAGUGGCCGGGACGCCGCUAUAAAAGAUGUAGCUCGGAUCUCGAGGAUGGAGCCACGCCCUUCGUCGCCGUCAGUCAUCGAGUUGGUCCUUGAUGUGAAGCUCGAGUACGAGGUCACGUUCGCUACCCGACGCCGGAUCCCUCACCGCCCGACUGCCCCUUCGCUGCCCAGCCAGGUGCCGCACCUCCAGGGACCGAGGAUACGUCCAGUUGCUACAGUCCAUCCUGCAAACUUUAACAGAAAACGUGACCCCUCCGAAGAAAACGAACCUCGAAAGGGGGACUUCGAAUUUUCCGAGAAAGAUACUACUACCGACGUCCAAGAACAAGAAUUAGAACCUGACGAUCGUCCUUGCAAAGAGGAGAACCCACCUCAGCUAGAGGCCGUCCAGGAAAAGACCUCUAAUAACCAACCUACCGUAUCUUCCGCCGAUUCUUGUGACACAGAAGAAAAUAAACCAGAAACAGACAGGGCUAAGGAGACAACCGAUCACUCCUACUUCUUCUCAACCCGGUACAGGAGUUACAGAUUCAGACCCCAGGAGGUCCCAGACCCUUGCAAGAAACACCGAGACGUCGUUCUGAGCGCCAGAUACCGUCUUCGAAAAGCACUCAAGAUGGAAUGCCAAGAUGGACACGGAUGCGCCUCCGAGGAACAGCCGAUCGAGGGACAGCGUGAGGAGACUCAGCGAGAAGGACAGAGAGACAUCACCAUUACUGAGUGUCUCGAAGAGUUCCUCGCCGAGCUCCACCUGAGCCACCUCGCCGACUACCUGCGAGUGCUUGGCUGCACCUGCGUGAGGGACCUGCGCCUCCUGGAGAGCUCCGAGCUCGAGGCCAUCCAGCUGGUGUCCCGUCGGCGCCUCCUUCAGCAGCUCGACUCGCUGAAGCUCCAUCACGAAGACAAUUCCUUUUGUGAUUCGUGUCUCCCUGCCUCCGUCAUUUCUCAGGCUCUCUCUCGUUCCUCCUCUCCCCCGCUUUCCUCCUCUAAUCUCACUCCCCCUCCUUCUCCGCCUCCGUCAGCGCCCCCCGAGGACUGCUCUCUCGAAGGGUGGCUCACCUGGUACGGCCUCACGCACAUCUCGGGUUUCCUGAAGGCCAUCGGAGUGCACACGGUGGGUGACUUGGCCUACGUCAGGGAGGAGGACCUGGUUCUCCUGAAGCCCGUGACUCGUAGAAGGAUCCUCGCCUGUAAUAAGAGGAUGCACUAGGUCGGCACUCAGCGCCAUGGGAUGUUGCUCCAAUUGUUGUCUUCGAAAUAGUAUUGAAUCUAAUAAAAGUGUGAACAAAA